GCAUCGACAAAUCGUCCUGAAUGCUAAGGAAAUGCAGGCUAGCACGUGGGUAAAUUCAAUAGGCGAUCUCUCCCAAAAAUACUUGAUUUCAGUACAUUACUAUUCUCUUUGGUGAUUUAAAACUCAUAUUCUAGUGGGAGAAAAGUCGACUGUACUACUAAACUGGCUAUUACGCUUUCUAAUGGCGGAUAAUGGAGAUAAUGACUCUCAGCACAGAGUGAAUGAAGGUGACUACGUAGUACUGAAACGGGGAGACAUCUACAAAGCUGUGCAGAUUCAAAAGAAAAAGAAAACGGUAUUUGAAAAGCAGUGGUUCUUCCUGGACAAUGCAGUGGGGGAGUUUUACGGGACCACCUUUGAAGUUGUUACUGGUGGGACACUGCAGCCACGGAAACCUAAACAUGUUGAGAGCUCUGCAGAUGCCAAGGAAGCAGGAACAGACAACAGGAACAUUCUGGAUGAUGGGAAAUCACAGAAACUCACCAGAGACGAUAUUGAGACCCUCAAAGAGCAAGGCUUGAAGGGACAGGAAAUAGUCCAGCAGCUGAUAGAGAACAGUACAACAUUCAGGGAUAAGACUGAGUUUGCACAGGAGAAAUACAUUAAGAAAAAAAAGAAAAAGUAUGAGAACAGUGUGAUGGUUCUAAAGCCCUCCUGUCGUGUCUUGGCUAUGAUGUACCACAGCAGAGAACCAGGGAAGAUAUGUCACAUGCGGUAUGACACCCUGGCCCAGAUGUUGACUCUGGGGAACAUCCAUGCAGGCAGCAAGGUGCUGGUGUUUGAGACCUGCGCUGGACUGGUGCUGGGGGCCGUCAUGGAGAGGAUGGGAGGCUAUGGGUCAGUGGUGCAGAUGUACCCAGGAGGAGGAUCUGUGAGAGCGGGGGUGGAGAGCUUUGGGUUCCCCUCCCACUUCCACGACACGCUCCAUGAGUUCCCCAUCUGUCACGUCAACGCACUGCUGGCGGGGGCACUGGACACGGAGGCCAAAGACAUAGACGCAGAUGCCGGACAGGCCAAUGGGGACAAGUCCAACCUGACCCAGACUGACCCAGGGAAGGCAGAAAGCAAGGAGGGCAGCCCAGACAAAGAGGACCAGAGCAUGGAGACUAGUACCAGUACAGACCCUGCCGAGGACAAGGAGAGAGAGGAGAGGGAGAAACUUAGAGAGAUCAGAGGCCAGGAGAAGAAGGUGAAGAUGGAGGCGAAGAGGAAGAAACUAGCUGCUGCUGCCGCCGUGCUGGAGGGGAGGAACGCUGACGGGUUGGUGAUUGCCAGUCGGUUCCACCCCUGUCCAGUUCUACUGGGCCUUAUCAAGUUCCUCGCCCCCUCCAGACCCUUUGUAGUGUACUCUCAAUACAAAGAGCCUCUGAUAGAGUGCUAUACAAAGCUCAGGGAACAAGGUGGAGCAGUCAGCCUGCGACUCACCGAAUCCUGGAUCAGACAUUACCAGGUGUUGCCUAACAGGACGCACCCCAUGCUGCUGAUGAGUGGGAGCGGGGGCUACCUCCUCUCCGGGACGACCGUUGCUACAGAUACGCCGAAGACUGGCUCAACGAGAGGAGAGGAGCCGGCCGCAAAGAGACUGAAACUCACAGAGACCACAGAGGGAUAACACUUAAAGCUAUUGAGGUCACCCGUUGUUUGUGUAAUAUAUAUCAUUGAUGACAUCAUUUAACUGUACUUGUGGGAUAGAAGGAUUAUCUCCCACUCCUCCUGAGACCAGUUAUAGAAUAUGUUGGCUGUUAUUGACCCUGGAGCUGCUCUCCAAAGCUCUAAGCUUGAUUUUCCAGCAUUUUGUUUUCAUUUUAAAAACAUGCAGAACGUGCCAUGCAGUAAAGCAGCCAUUUGCUAUCGCAGCCUCAUACUGUACUGCAUCUGUGUAUAUGAAUUUCAAUAAAAUACAGUGCUGUAAAGAUACUA